GUAAUCUUGAGUGAGGCAUUUAAAUCCAGGGAAUAAGCCUAUUUUUUUCCCAAGCUUAUCAACAGAACAAAAAAGAGAAGAAAAAAGAAGCAAAGUCCAGCCAGUGUUGUAAUAUUUGUUUUAUGUGAGCAGUGUCCUUUCUUCGGACAGCAAACUCUCCUGGGCUACUGAACAUUAAAAGAAAAGCUGCUUUAGGGCUUGAAUAGCACUCACAGCAGAACCAUGGCAAUUGCUACACUGGCUCUGUACCAUUCCCUUGUUUUUGUCUGGUAUAUUUUUGUAACCUAUUCAAUCUCACUUGUAAGAGCAGAAGACCGGCCGUCUGAAGUGUUCCUUUAUGGUAGGCAGUGGAAAUAUUUGACAGUUCUCAAUCUGGUUUUGCAGGCUGUUUUCUAUGGGAUCUCCUUCCUGGCUGAUGUGUUGAGACUAAUUAAGAAACUACCAAGUGUUAAGUACAUAAUUUCCUGCAGAGACCUUCUCUUCAGUGUCCUGGCUUUCCCUGUGUCCACGUUUGUGUUUAUGUCCUUUUGGGUAUUGUAUACGUACAACCGAGAACUGGUUUACCCCAAGAGCCUGGAUGGGAUCAUUCCAAUGUGGUUAAAUCAUGCUAUGCACACUAUUGUAUUGCCACUUGCUCUGCUGGAGAUCUUUGCUACCCCUCACCGUUAUCCACCAAAGAAGAAAGGACUGAUCUUAUUAGGAUUUGUUUCUGUUGCCUAUCUCAGCUGGGUCCUGUGGAUUUAUUCUGUAACCGGAGAGUGGGUAUAUCCUCUCUUCACCUUUUUCAGCCCAGUGGGUCUAGCAGCCUUUUUCUGCAGUAGCAUUGUCCUCAUUGUCUGGAUCUACAACACCGGAGAGUUUCUCAACCGUAUGAUUUGGGGAGAUACAGUAGUAAUACUGGAAUACAAGAAGAAGGGCAAAUGAAGCUUUCUUUUCAAAGGAGUGCUCCCUCCAUGAAUUCUGAAGCCAUGAAGUAGAGGGAAAGAAAUGCCACUGUGCUACACUCCUUCUCCAACGUACUGUGUCUUCUGAUGAAUCCAUUUUAUCAUCAUAAUCAUGGAAACUGGUGGAAAAUAUUAAAUGAUAGCAUUUUACAGGAUGGUUAUGAAACAAAGCAACUGCUACGAAUAAGGAAAUGCAUAUAUCUGUGUACAAGAUUUCUUAUCCCUUACACAAUAUACAUUAGGAUAUGUCUGUGGUAAACUUGUAACUGGCAAAUAAAUUACCUCAUGAUCUUGCAGUGGGACUGGCACCACAUCUUUAAAUGCCCCGUGAAAGCAAGCAUUUGUUACUCAGUACUUGUUUGGCUCACCCAAUGUUUUUCUAGAAGUCCAGAUGGAAAAAUAAAAAAAGAGUAAUAAUUUUAACACUGCCAUGACUUCCAAAACUAGAAAGAUAAUAAAAGAUAAUAAAACCCACCAUUUUUGCAACAGGCAACAUUCUGGAAUAUUAAUAUAUAUUACUUUUUCUUCUUAAUUUCUAACAAGAACUCAACACUUUUUCUUUUUUGGUUUCAGGUAAUCUUGAAGCAAAAGUAAGCUAAGUAAUUUUACUGACUGCAGGAUUGUUUUGACAGAAAGUAUGUUAAUUGAAAGUAUUGUUUAACAUAAAGCUGUCUGCCAUAAAAUUAUAUUACAUUCACAUGUUUACUAACCUUGCUUGAUACACUUGAUUUCUAUUAUUAGCCUCAACAUUUUGUUAAUACCAAGAGCACUGGAAAGAUGCUUUGCAAAUCCAAAUAAACAAACAAAAACAGUCCUGGAGUGAAAGUGUAGUGGAAUAGUCAGUGUAAAAGAAUAUCUCUGUAUUGUUAGUGAUGCAUUUAGAUGACAAUUUAAAAUUAGUUGGCAGUACUUCUGUGGAUAACUAUUACUUCAUUGCAAUGCCGAUGGCUCAGCACUAUAACACAGUCAAUGCACGAGAGUAUUGUUUGCAUCAUUGAGUGCUGCUACUGCUUACCAAAACAUAAAAGAGAAACAUGUAUGGAUUAGCUGUCUGGGAAUAAUACACAAAAGCAAAGUGGACAUACAAACUUUGUUCUUCUCACAUGUUGUGCACUUGCUAACACUCUGGAUUGGGAAUUUAACAUACCAGUACUAAAUUGCAUACCAUGGAGAUCCAUGCAUCCAUAGCUAUUUUAGGUUACUGCACAAUUCACUUCAAAGUUUAGUGAGGGAACUAUAGCACCUCCUUCUCUGGUUGAAUUAGAGGGAGAGAGUGGAGGAGCACAACAGGGAGAUUUAGCUAGAAGGGGAAAAGAUGAUCAGUGGAAAAAGCGAAGGGAGAAGCAGGCAGAAGAAGAAAGG